AUGAAUACGGUUUUAACUAGUUGUAAGAUUUUUAAGCAAAUUACACGAAUAAAUGAUUGUGAUUUGGAUGAUGACGAUGAUUUGGAUGAUGAUGAUGAUGCUUUGGAUGAUGAUUUGCAUGAUGAUGACGAUGACUUGGAUGUUGAUGACUUGAAUGAUGAUGUUCAUGAUGAUGAUGAUGAUGAUGAUGACGAUGAUUUGGAUGUUGAUGACUUGAAUGAUGAUGUUGAUGAUGAUGACGAUGACGAUUUGUAUAUUUGUUGAGGACGUUAGAUCCUCAGAACUCACUUGGAAAAGAACAUAAUUUUGUAAUUUUAUUUAUAAAGUUUGAAUUUCUUUGUUUUCGCUCCAAAAACGCUCUUUUCAUCUACAUGUCGUAUUUCCCACUUGGGAGACUCUUAAAUGCCAU